AUGUUGUUGAUGUUCGAGAAUGGUAUACGUGGAGGAUUGGUGCAGGCAAGUAAGAGGUACGCGAAGGCUAAUAAUGACAAGACCCCGGAUUAUGACGAGACAAAAGAUAAAUCAUGGAUAAUAUAUCAGGACUGUAACAACUUGUACGGAUGGGCUAUGUCACAGUACAUGCCGUACGGUAGGUUCAACUGGGUUGAACCUACAUUGAAUGGAUUGAACGAUUUGGAUGACACCUCCCCCAUAGGACGAGUGUAUGAGGUGGACGUGAUGUACCCACGACACCUACACAACGAACAUAACGACCUGCCUUUCCUGCCACAAAAUAGUGUGCCUCGAGGCUCGAAGGUUAGGAAGUUUAUGGCCACGUUUGAGCAAAAGGAGAAUUAUAUUAUACAUUAUCGAAACCUGCAGCAGGCGAUUAAGAAUGGAUUAAUAGUAGAAAAAGUACAUAGGGUUAUUCAAUUUAACCAGUCAGAUUGGCUGCCUAAAUAUAUUAAGUUGAAUACAGAGAUGAGGAAGAAGGCUAAGAACGAAUUCGAGAAAGACUUUUUUAAGCUGAUGAACAACGCUGUAUUUGGGAAGACUAUGCAAUCGAAGAGGAAGGAGAUGAAGAUGGAGUUGGUGUCAUGUGAAAGGAGAUUACAGAAAUUGAUAAAUAAGAGUACAUUUAAACACUGUACUACUUAUAAUGAGAACCUGAACGCGUUCGCACUGGAGAACAAAAUUAUUAAAUUUGAUAAACCUAUAUAUAUUGGAUUCGCUGUACUAGAUAUUUAA